GAUGCAACAUCCAGCUUCCUGCAGUGUGUCGGGUUGCCCUCAACAGACACGGGUAAAGAACACGUGCGAAACCUGAAAAAGAUGCUUGAAGCAACGUGGGACAUUUACACCUUCAUGAAAUCCAGCAUGACAGACGUGCCUCUCCUGAGCCUGACAGGAGCGUUGGAAUUAAAGCCUGGGGCAGACCCUCUGCAGAACGAAGCUCUGGUCCAGAUGUGGGUGGAGGUCAAGAUCAAGCCUCUGCUGCAGUCCAUCAACAAACACUUCCUGUCRUGCCUCAGCACCAAGAAUUUCAGCUGCUCCACCUAUCAGACCAUCCUGAAGGAGCUCAGUCAGCAUUACUCUGAGCURAGUCCAGUCAGACAGAAGUGGAUCUAUUCAUUCUUCAUCUACCCCUUCCUCUCUGGAGAUGGAGUUGCUGGUUGUGUGAACCCGGAUGAAAGCAGUGAAGACUGGCUGAUGAAGAACUUUGGUUCCUUCAGAGCCAUGGCCCGACUGGAGGACUUCUCUACCAUCAACAUGGUCUUCAGUGGAUUGGAGGUUCUCCACCUGCUGUCUCCAACACAAAAGGCGGAGCUCCUCCUGAGUCCUGAGGUGCAAAACUUGGACAACGGCACCCUGUCKCUGAUCUUCAACAGCUUGUUGACAGGAGAAUCUGCUCCUCCGCCCUCUGGAAACCUCACAGGGUUACCUUCGACGUACAAUCCCUACUCUUCACACAGCAGCCUCUCAGAGAUUGUUAGUGGCUUCAAGACGGCGUUCACAACGAUCGGGAGUUUUGCCCAUGAGUUUGUUUCCUUCACCAGUCAGAGGAAUYUAUCUGAAAUAAAAAGCACCACUCUGACCCAGUUCCUGCUCAACUUCACGCUGGCUGAGCUGGCCAACGUUUACGAGCAGAAGAACACAGGUGUUUUAGAGACGCAGCAGUUUGACGUGACGAACGUCGAGGACUGGUACCAACUGGUCGUCAUCCCAGUCCUACAAAGGUUUUGGCCAAAUGAAGGAGACCUCUUGCACCAAAACAUCACACUCGCUUUCCAUGAGCUGUUAACUUUGAGGAGCUCAUUUCUGAUUUCAGAGACAUAUUUAGGGAAGGGGAGUCUCCGUCUCUGAUCCAGCAGCACCUGGAGGACCCAGACUACAUCAAACUGUGGUUCCGGGUCAAACUGCUGCCCCUCCUGCCCGACGUAGAUCCAAACCUCCUCUACUGUCUGAGCACCAAGAACUUCUCCUGCCCCGCUUACCAAACCCUGGUGGCAGCUCUGGAUGAACACAUGAGUUUAAUCAAUGCUGACGUCGUGUACAGUUACAACAUCUACCAAUAUUUCAUCUACCCAUUCUUGGUGCAGCGCAACAACUCCGACUUCCAGUGCAUCUCUUCAGCCAAUCAAAGUGCAGAAUGGCUGACAAACAACUUUGGGUCCUUCUUAAGUUUUGCCUCCAUCACUGACUUCUACGAGCUGAAUCCUUAUUUCUCUGGACUGGAGGCUCUUCCUGCUCUGACCACUAAGCAGCUGGCAGAGCUGCUGCUGCUGCCUCUCCGGACCCCACCAGAAAAAGACGUCGUCAUCGACCGCGUCUUUGACUUUCUGUUGGAGUCGCCGACGAUGUGGAAGUUUUCAGAUGUUCUGCUCUACGUGGUUGGGCUCGCCGGAGAGGUCAACCCUCCGUGUAGUGUCUACAGACAAAUUUUCGACCGAAUGUACCGAGCCAUCCCGUUUGUAUCUAUGGACAUGGAACCGGUCAUCUGGGCUCGCAUCGAUGAUCUGAUCAACAUUGCACCAGAAGAGUGUGUACCACUGAACGUCAUGUGCCCAGAGACUCAGGUCAACGAAACCAUCAUCUGCAGUGGCAUCGACAGCUCUGAUCUGCGGUCACACCUGAACACAUCUGUGCACGUUUCCUGCAACUUUACCCUGGAGAAAUACGCUUGUACAGAGCUGGAAAGCUUCACAGCCAAUCAGCUGGCCUCUCUCGUGAGCUGCGAUCUGCCUGGGAACAGCAGCCGCUCCAAAGUCCUGUGGAAGUUGCUGCUCACGCACCUUUCCAGUGUUCUGGACCCGACACUCGACAUCCUGGCAAACGUGUCUGUUGGGAUGAUGGGACCAGCAGCGCAGGAGAUUCUGGAUGUGAUCGGGGAGCUCAGGUUGUGGCUGCUGACCGACGAGCAGCUGAGGGACCGCGAGAUAAUCCAGCUGUGGUUCUCGGAGCGUCUGAGGGGCUUCCUGCCGUUUGCAUCAGGAAGGUUUCUGCACUGUCUGAACAACAGGAACAUCACCUGUCAGUCAUACCAGCAGAUACUGCAGGUGUACAGUCAUCAGUUUGAGAACAUGUCAUCAGAACAGCAACAGGCGGUCCUGAAGAACUUUGUCCUCCUCUUCUUAACGGCCCCUCACUCAGGCCCAGGAUGUGUGUCCUCCUUCAACAGCAGCGCAGAGUGGCUGAGGAACGAUUUGGGUCCAUUUUCAGAGUUUCUGUCUGUCAAACAGCUGUUUGAUCUCAACCCACAAUUCAACCCUCUGGAGGCUCUUCAGCUCCUCACACCUAAGCAGAGCGCAGAGCUGCUGGUGCUGACUCUUCCCACCCUCCCCAACAAAGACGUCCUCAUCAACGUGCUGUUUGAUUACCUGACUGUGUCGCCCACACAGAGGAAGCUCCCAGAGUUCCUGUCUUACCUUGUCACGUUCCUUCAGACGGGAAACCUUUCCUGUUCGUCGUACAAAACACUGUUUACUCGACUGGACGAGGCCAUGUCUGGAGCUUCUUCUGACCUUGCUUCAUCCAUCUUAUCCAGCAAGUUAUCUUUGUUCCAACUCAUACCACCAGGUUGCAUCAUAUACAGUGGAGAGUGUAAUGUGACAGUGAUAAAUGAAACCAGCAUCUGUAAGAGAGUGAACAGCACACAGCUUCAGAUCCGUCUCAACACUGGGAUGAUGAGCGGACACGUCUGUGACUUCACUGUUCAGGAGUUUGCCUGUGCUUCGCUCUCAGCUUUAACAGCUCAGGACCUGGCAGAGCUGCUGAAAUGUAACCGUUUCUCUAACUCGAGUGGCACCACAGCCGCCUGGAAGCUGCUUCUCUCCAAAGCCUCGCUGGUGCUGAAMCAGGCUCUGGAUCUUCUGGUCAACACAACUCUGAACCCCAGCAGUCCUUCUGUGUCGAUGAUUCUGGAUGCCAUACGAGAAAUCUGGUUGGACGGUGUCAACGUGGGAAGUUUCAAUGACCCCUCUUUCAUCCAGCUGUGGUUUAACCGCCGCCUCCGUCUGUUCCUGCCUGCUGUGUCCUCUGACUUCCUGUCAUGUCUCUCCACUAAAGCCCUGGACUGCAGCUCCUACCAGCUCAUUUUGCAGAUUCUGAGUGAAGUCAGGCCGCAGAUGACACCUGCCACACAGAUGUCGGUCUACACACACUUCAUUGAGGUUUACCUGACCAGGAACAACACUGCAGAUCCUGCCUGCAGGUCGAACAUCACCAGCAGCGUCGAGUGGCUGCAGAGGAACCUGGGAGGCUUCUCCGCCCUCCUCUCCAUCUCGGAGAUCCAGCGUCUCUACCCCGACUUUUCAGCGCUGGAUGCUCUGUCGCAGCUGACAGCCACGCAGCUGGCGGAGGUGUCCGCCACGCCUGGGCUGCUCACGUCUGCUGACCAGGUGGCCGUGGUGAUGAGACUUGUCCCCGAUCGGCUGUUCGCUUCCUUCUUUGAUGACUUCGCUGCUGCCAUCACGGGUCAUGAGAACAUGCUGCCUUCUCCCGUGAGAUCUGCCUUUUUGGACGUGGUGUUCAACCGUGCAAACCUCUCCUCUCCCUGGGUGGAUGACUCGGUCGUGUCGCUGUGGCUCUGGCAGCGACUGCCUCCUCUUCUGAUCAACCUGUCGCCUGCUCACGUCGCUCCGUACUUUCAAAUACUGACAGGACGAAAUUGCAGCAUCGAGCAGCAGGGUGUGGCGAACCUUAACUCAACUAUAGCUACUCUGAGUAAAGAUUCACAGCAAGAAAUCUACAACCACAUCAUCCAGGCUUUGCAAGGCCCACCACCCCUCCGUUGCUAUGGCAGGAACUACAACGUCAGCUUCUACGCUUUCAUCGAGCGCUCKUUUAUGGAGUUCCAGUUCCCCAACCUGACGACCUUCCUGUCCCUCAUGCCUCAGAGCCGAAAGCCUCAGCUGAUAAACUCCAUACCUCCRUCACAACUUGGAGAUUUCCUGCGCCGGCCAAAUGUUGUGGAUGAUGCCGCUCAGCUCUGUGAGCUCUACAACAGCUACCGCCAGACAGCCAUGCUCCUGGCGACCGAGUCUCUGCCAGCCGAGUUGGGACGACCCACUCUGUCCUGCGUCUGGCCCCUGGCCCUCAGCACCCCCGUCAGGUCAGAGGUCAACCUWUGGUUUGACAGGAGCCUACAAAACUACCUGGUCUUCCUCACGAAGGGUCUGCUCAGCUCCRACGCCACAAACAACGCUUCCUGUGUGGCCUUCCAAAAACUCGUGUUGGUUCUUGAUAAAUUCAACUACACAGCAGCAGAUUUUCAGAGGCAAGAUGUGUUUGAUACCAUCAGGAUCUAUCUUACAUCAGAAACUACACCAAGAUGUUACGACGCCAACGACUCAGAACUGAACUCCACGGCUUGGUUUGCUGAAUACAUCGGCCCGUUCAUGUCCUUCCUCACGCUGGAGGUUCUUCAGUCAUUUGGAYCUGAAGAGGCUCUUCAGGUGUUCACGGUGAACCCUCUGAACAUCGCGCUCCUCAACCAUUCGGCUUUACCUCAGGACCUCACAGACUACUACACCCAGCUGGUUUAUCAGCAGGACAGUAACUUCAACCCCUUGCUUCUCCCUCUGUUGUGUCGCUGCGUCGCUCCCGGUCAAGCAUUCACUCAACUGAGUGCAGGAGACAGUAUGAUUGUUCUGCAGAACCUCACCACGGUCUGUGUGGACCUGGACCCACAGAUCUCUGCUGCUUUGGCGAGUAAUUUCGGUGACAACAUCGAUGCCAYGACCAUUUCUGCCCUCGGAAACCAAAGCACCGGCAUAUCCAUGGGUCAGCUCGGGAUGAUGUCGCCUCAGAACCUGAGGAAUGCCCUGAGCUUUCUGGCCAGUGUGAUGGGCUGGAGCGAAGGACAGACCAGGGUCAUCAUCCAGUCGCUGUUGUCUUCAGGGCUUUUCCAGGUGAACGGCUCAUCCUCCCUGGUGACGCUGGGCACUCUUGUUGUGGGCGUUCCCUCCAGAGUCUUCCUCAGCAUCAGCAGCUCCGAGAUUCUGACGGCAUCCAAACAAUCCUCUGUUGUGAGCCACAUAAAGUCUGCUCCAGAUGUUAUUCAGCAGACUUUUGUCACUCAGAUCAUAUCAGCAAACAACAACAACGAGAUGAUCAUACAGAACGUUCCAGAUGAACUGGCCGCUGAGAUCCCUCGAGUUCUGCUGCAGGGCUACACAGUCAGCAACAGUGUCGUCACCACACUCAACAGGAAGACAUGGAAGAAAGAGCAAGCUGAGCUGUUCUUUAAUGUGAUCGCCGUGGAAAGUGCCACAGCUGUUCUGGGAAGUCCAGACAAUUUGACCUCCUCUGUGCUGCAAGGGUUUACGUGCACGAGCGUGAGUACAGUUUCAAGAGCGCAGGUCAAGAAGCUGAUCAAAGCCUGCAGGAGGACGACGCAGAACAAAGUCUCACUGCAGGAGUCUCAGUUGACCUGCAUGUACAACUACAUCAGUGGAGACUCAGACGCCACCAGCUUUGAUCUCUACCCUGUAGAUAUGCUGCUUUACUAUGAUUACUCACUGGUGCCGCAGAGCAGCUGCAGGUCUUACUUUACACAGCUGGGCAGUGCAGACUUCUCCAUCUUCUCCUCAGCUCUCAGCUACAAACAGACCGCUCUGUUUGACAACGCCAGGAGCUGCCUGGGUAUAACAAACACGAGCUUGACUCAAGACAACAUCUCAGUGUUGGGAAACAUGUGCUGCAUGUUGGAUAAAUCCUACAUCGUGAACUCUGAUCCAUCCAUCUUGGAGAAACUGAAGGCGUGUCCGGAUCUGACCAGCGCUCAAGCAGCUGCAGUGGAAACUCUGCUGAUUGGUGGAAACACAACAUAUGGAGCUCCUUCAACGUGGAAUGAGAAAACUCUGAUCAGCCUUGAGCCACUGCCAUUGUAUUUGACCUCAACUUUCUAUAUUAACUUCAGCAAAAAAGCAAAGCGCAUUUUCUUGAAAMAUUUCCUGAAAGUAAUCAGGAGGAAUGGAGUGAGUCGCCAACAGGCAGGGAGAAUGAAGAGUGAAAUAAGAAAAUCUAACAUCAUUAGGAUAAAACGAGCUACAGUCACUGAGUGCACCGUAGGGCUGAUCACUCAGGUGACUAUCAGUGACACCACCUUUCCCUUUGACUAUGAUGAUAUCAGUCAGUUCAACAUCUGCCUCACUGCUGCUACCGUCAAAAACAACUUGGAGGCCAUCACUCAGAAGGUGGAUCAGAAGGAUUACCUCCAGAUUGUCCUCAGCAAGCUGAGAGAGGCCUACAGCGCCACCAUUCCAGAAUAUCAGGUUCAGGUCUUGGGCCCGGCGUCCCGUGUUGCCACCCUCAGUGACAUCAACCUGUGGAACAUCACUCAGAUCGACACGCUGGCUGCUUUGAUGGACUCAGCAAAUGGAGAGUGGGACCCCAGCUUGGCUAAAGCCAUUAUCUCUAAAUACCUGAGUGUAGGAGGAAACACCCUGGGCAGUGCAGAGCUUAAUGUCAUUGGAGGACCAAAUCUAUGCGCCUUGGAUGUUGAUGUUCUGAGGAGCAUCUCACCACAAAGCCUCAAAAACGCAAAUUCCUUGAAUGUGUCCAGCUGCACCAACGACAAAGCUACAAUGCUAUUCAACAUUUCCACAGCAGCAUUUCUCACUAACCGUCUGAGUACCAUCCCAGUUUCUGCUUACCAGCUCCAACAACCUUACAUCCGUGGUGCAUCUUUGGAAUACAUCAAAAGUUUGGUGAAUUCCAAUGUAAGCAUGGAUCUGCCGACUUUCAUUCAAAUGAAUGAGAACAUUAUACAAGGUCUGACAGUUAGUGAAGUUAAAAAGCUUCUUGGUAUCAACCUCCCAGACUUGAAGCUAUAUCAAAACGUAACAGUGGUUCAGAAUUGGACCUCCAGCCAAUUGCAGUCAGAGCUUGACACACUGGGAUUGGGUCUCGUCGGGAGGGCUGAUGUUGUAACUUCCACCACAACCCAAUCCUCAGCGUCCAACUCUACAACCCCAUCCUCAUCUUCCAGUUCUACAGCUUCAUCCUCAGCCUCUAACUCUACAGCCCCAUCCUCAUCCUCCAGUUCAACAGCUUCAUCCUCAUCCUCCAGUUCAACAGCUUCCUCCUCAGCCUCUAACUCUACAGCCCCAUCCUCAUCUUCCAGUUCUACAGCCUCGUCCUCAUCCUCCAGUUCAACAGCUUCAUCCUCAGCCUCUAACUCUACAGCCUCAUCCUCAUCCUCCAGUUCAGCAGCUCCAUCCUCAUCUUCCAGUUCUACAUUAUCCUCAGCUUCUAACUCUACAACAACCCCGACUACUGCCAACACUGCAUCAACAACAGCUGCCACUGCAACUACAAAAGCAACUGCCUCCAUCACAACCGCAAAACCAACUUCCUCCACGACUAAAGCCGCUGGAGUCCGAAUCCAAGCCGAUGUUGGCUUCUCCUGCCUUGUUUUCAUCACGCUCCUCAUCUCUGCUCAGCAGAUUUUAUUGUGAAGAAGCACAGGCCUGAUUCUUGUAAUUUGGAGAUUAAAAUCAGUAAUUUAAUAAUAACAGGGUGAAAUAAUUUUAUUUAUGACUUACUGAAGGAAAUUAUGGUGAAGAUAUUCUGAUGAAACACAAUCGAUGUAAAUAUUGUGUUUUUGAGUGUUUAAUCAUUUUGUUGAAUUGUUCUGAAACAUUAGCACUUUGCUUUUAGGAUCCAAAUUAAGUUUUAUUGUUACAUUUUGUUAAUAGGAACAUGUAUUCAUUUUGAGAGCUUUCUUCUUUUAGAAAAUAUUACAACAUAAAGCAUCUCUUUUUAUCAAAUACUGAGCAAUAUCUUUAAUGGAUGAUUAUGUAUAAAAGUAAAAACCAACGAGUUUUAAAUUAGGUGCUGACGGCCUCAUAAAUUAAAAGUCUGUUCUUAUUUAAAAUGAAAAAUUGUCAUCAUACAUCCAAAAUAUAUGCAUAACCAAAAGAAAAAAUAGGAUAAAUAUACAGUCGCCAUUUUCUAAACUAUGAGUUUCAGCUGUAUCUGUUUCAUGAAACUGUUGUGAAAAGAAAGCACUCACCUUUUUCAAGAUUCUUAUGUGAUUAACAACAAAUAAAAACUGAAACUCA